AUGGGUCCCGAGCAGUCUAAUAGCCCGGGAGGACUUUGCUUCAUCAUCUCUCCAGACUCAAAAAUUCAGCUUCCGAAUCCUCUUCGCCACAUGUAUGGUGAAUUCAUGUCUCUACGGCGGCUUCUCGAGGAGGGGAAGGUCAUAGAGGCCUGGAUAGGACUGUCUAGCUUGAUUGUGAACCAAGACGAUACCGUUGAUGGAUUGGUGGAGUAUCCACGUUGUAUGUGGUGGCUUCUCAAAGACCUCGACGCUCAAUUGAGCUUGAUGCUAGGCCGGCCACCACGCACAGCUAUCCAGAAAGAGAUACCGCAGCCGUCGCUCGAGGGUCUACCCGAUAAGGAGAAGACGUUCCGUCGAAACAUCCGAGACUUUUCAUCAUUAGUGCUGGAGGCCAUGGAACUUGCCAAAUCGGAGGAAUCGCAGACACACGACACCUAUAUGCAGAGUCUGGAAGAGUAUUUACUGCGGGUCAUUCAACAUCAAGCUCAACUCCCUCUGUUGCAACAGGGAGCUCACAAAACGAUUCCGUUGUUGGUUGCUAUUGCUGACCAUCAAAUUGAGGUUCAGUUAUUUGAGAUUAUCAUUCGCUGUGGUUUGGUUCGAUGCUUCUCAGUUGCCCCGACGGCUGGAGAUAAGGAAGCCGCCCAAGGGAGAAACCCUCACUCCUCAGACGACAACAAAGUGAGAAGCAUGGUUAGUAACCUAUUACAGUCGGCGCGAGUAGUUUGCGACACCUUUGCUUACAUAUAUGACAUUGACACAAGCAUUGCUGUCUCGUCCUGGCCGCGAUGUUUUGGGCUCUUUUGCGCAGCGCUUAUGCUGGCCAUGUCCCGACUGCGACGGGAAACGGUGCUGGACGAAGACGUGUUUCGCGUGGAACGAGCUCUUGACGUCUUUCGAUGUCGUUCUGCGAGUUGUCCAGGAUCUGGCAUCGCCCCCUGCGCAAUUACAACUUUGAAAAUACUCCUGAGACAUAUCAGGUUGCUCAUGGCAGGGCAAAUGGGAGAUAUUUCGAUCAUAUCCCAUGGUGCGACAGUAACAUCACCGGUGCCAAGACUUGAUUCACCUCCGAUCCCGUCUAAGACACAAGGCAGAAUAUCAGCAGCACAUAUAAAUGUGGAGAGAAGAGCUCAGCUCGGCCUCAGGCAUAAAAUGACAUCAUCUCUUCAAGACGAUAAGCAGAGAAGGAGAACCAAGAAGAACGGAUAUCGAGAAAAGUUGAAUCCGCCUUUACAAGAGCUCAUUGCAGCGGACGGACUGAGCUUGAAGAAUGUUCCUGAGCCCCUACCAUCUAUACAGAUGACUACGGGGAUCAACCAGAUAAGAACGAUAUCGAAUCAUAAUCUGUCGCCGCAGGAGGGCCUCGCUCAGCGCUCAUACCCGAUUGACGCAAUCACCUCGUUCAACGCAGUUGGUCAGAAGGACUAUGCACCAACAAAUUGUACGCGCACCGGCCAAAUUGACUCUGCACAACCACUUAAUCUUGGUCCAUUCGCACGCCCACCGAUGUGGAUGGAAGGACUAGGGUGGACAGAGUGGUGGUAG